AUGUUUAAAAACAACAAUAACAUAUUCACUUUUUCACUUUAUGGAAAUGAAAAUGAAGUGGAUGAAAAUGAUAUUCAUAUGAAAGAAAAACUUAAUAACUAUAAUGCAACAAGCCAUAUUAUAUCAGCUAAAGAAUUUAAUAGAGAAUUUUUAUUAAAUAGAAAUAGUGCAGUAGAUAAUGAAAAUGUGACAUAUAUAAAUGGUAACGGGAAUUUGAUAAACGACUACAAUGAAAAUACUAGUAACGGCAGUAAUAAUAAUAACAAAGUUAUUAUGAACAAUUAUGAUAAAAAUAUGAAUCUUAGUUUUCAUAUGAAAAAUAAAAGUAACGAAAAAAUUAUUUACGAAAAUGUGAACAAUAUUGAAAAUUCCGAUAAAGCAUUUAUAACUAACAAUGUCAAAAAAUUUUUAGGAAAUUUCGAUUUUUUAAAUUUUAAGAGUAAAAAUAUUUUAGUAAAAAAUGGAAAAAAUAGUAAUAGCGAUAAUAGCAAUCAUUACAUAGGUAGCGAACAUAUAACUGCAAAUAAAUAUAAUAAUAAUAAUAUGUAUAAAAAUAAUAUGCAUCCAUCUACUUAUGAUCAUAUAAAAAAUGAUUCGUUAGUUGGAAUUGUAGGAAAUAAUAAAAACAACGAUUAUCGAAAUAAUGACACACCAAUGCAUUAUAGCGGUAGUAAUAAUAAUAAUAAUAACAAAUAUAAAUCCGAAAAAAUGUUAAAUCAUUCUGAAUAUGAAAUAAUAAAUAGUAUUAGCAACAAUAGCAGUCGUGCUAGUAAUGCUGGAAUAUCCAAUGAAGCUAGCUAUAAUAACUUUCUCAGAAGAAGUAGUAAUAAAAACGUUAGUAGUGAAAAAAGCGUUGGAAUUAUUAAUAAUAAUAUAAAGUUUCAUAAUAAUAAUAAUAAUAAUAAUAAUAAUAAUAAUAAUAACAAAAAUAAUGCGGAUAUAAAGGAGCGAUUAAAUAAUAUGAAAAGAGAAAAAAUUGUUUAUGAUAAAGAAAAAAAAAAUAUUGAUGGGGAGUACCUUGCCCAUGCAUGUAAUUAUGAAAAAAUAAAAAAUAAUAUGUAUGCACUCCCAAAAAUGGAUAAAAAUUCUGAACAAGUCAUAAAUAAUAAUCAAAAAUUUUAUGAAAUGGAAAAAAAUGUUUCAUUGGGUGGAAGUGCAUAUGACGAUAAAAAUAAAUCAGAAUAUCCAACAUAUGCUUCAUAUUAUAAUUAUGAUAAAAAAAAAAGGGUUUUAGAAACCGAUAAAGGAAAUGGAUAUAAUUUUCCUGGAUUUUAUGAUCUUAAUCAGGAUAAAAUUGAAAAUAGAACAAAUCAAAAAAAUUGUUUGAUAAUUGAGGAAUUUGAAAAAAAAAAUCAAACCAUUCAAAAUAGUAGUAAUGGGAGUGUAAAUUUUAUAUAUCCUAAUACUUUAAAAGGAUAUAAUAAUGAAAAUUCAUAUCAUAAAAACUCACCUGAACAAAAUAACUGCAUGCAUAUUAAAAAUAUGACUCCCUGUAGUGGCAAUAAUAACAAUCACAAUUUUAACAAUAAUAAUAAUUAUGGAAUAAAUAAAUUGACUACAUAUAUGAAAGUAGAUCAAACAGAUGAUAUAUAUGGUAUUGGAAGGGAAUAUGAAAUGCAUAAUGAUAUGUAUGAAUCUCGUGGUAUAUCAUCUAGCCAUUUUAAUAAAAAAAAAGAAGAUGAACAGCACAUUAAAAUGUUGAUAAAAGCUAGCUCGAAAAAAAUGAUAAAUAAUAAUAAUGAUAAUUGUAAUAAACUAAUGGAAUGUGAUGAUAUAUUUUUUAAUAAAAAAGAUAUAUUUCCUAAUAAUAAUAACAAUCAUAUGGGAAAAGAAAGUAAUAUGUCUCAUUAUAAUCAUAAUGUUGGAUGUGGAAAUAAUUAUGUUAAGAAAAAUAGUAGUAAUAAUAAUAUGAACAGUGCAUGUUAUGGGAAUUAUAUAAAAGAAGAAUAUUUGAUGCAUUUUAUUAAAGAAAAAAGAAAAAAACUUGAAGAAGCAAAACGAAAAGGAUAUAAUAAUAGUAAUGAUGGCGCUCAAGAAGAAUUAUUAAUUCAAGAAAAUUAUAUAAACAUGCACAAUAGCCAUAAUAAAAAUAAUAUAGCAACUUCAAAUAACAACUAUAACAUGAAAAAUUCAGAAGAAGAUUCAAACAGUAGUAGCAGUAGUGAACAAUAUAGAAACAUCAAUCAAAAUAAAAAUAAUAAUGAAAUAAAAAAAUAUAUCCAUCAAAAUAAUAGUGGAAAAAUGGGUAGUAUUGAUCCCCAUUCUAUUAUUAGAAAUCGACAAAAUGGAAAUUUAUUAACGGGGGAAUGGCAAGGAGCAUUAUUAAAUGGUGGGAUUGCAACGAAUAAUACUACUAAAAAUAAUUCUAAAUAUGUUAUUAAUAGUAGUGAUAAUUCAAUUACAUGUUAUAAAGAAAAUUGUUUAAAUAAUGAAAAUGUUAUUUAUGACGAAAAAGAUAAAUUAUUUAAAACGAAGGAAAAUUGUAAUAUAAAAAUAUAUAGAAGAUGUUUAGAAAAAGAACGAAUGCUAAAUAUUCCGAUUAUACAUUUAGGAGAAAAUGAUAUAAUAGUAAAGCAUAUAAAAUUAUAUUACCCAUUAAAAAAUGUAAAUAUAUUUACCAAAAUAUCAAAAAUAAUAUUUAUGACAAAUGCAAAUAUAUGUUCAUUAUAUUUAAGCGAUAAAUUAUUAAUAGAUUAUCAUAAUAUUAAAAUUCAAUCUUAUUUAUCAAAGGGGGGUUUUGGAGUUGUAUAUAAAGGAAUUUUAUUAAAAAAAGUAAAUAAAUAUGAAGAAAUAUGUGAUCAGAAUUCGAAAUAUACUAGCGAUUUUCAUAAUGGAUUAGAUGAUGGUAAUAGUGUAGAAAAAGAAUAUAAUAAUAUUAUUGAAAAAGAAGAAAUUUGUGAUCAAGAUGUUAAAAUUAAAAGAAAAAAAAUGCUUAUAAAUAAACAAAAAGAAAAUAAUGAUAAUAAAAUAAUUGCUAUCCAAGAUGAUAAUUGUAACAAUGAAAAUGUUAAGGGUCAAAAAAAUGAACGAGAAAAAGAAAUACAUAAUAAAGAUUUUGAAAAUCCCAAUUCUGAGCAAAAUAAUUUUCGUCGUUUAUAUGCAGAAGUUAUGAAAGUUAAUAAUAAAAAUUCCAAUCAUUGUGGAAAUAAUACAAACAAUAGUUCCAACAAUAAUACUAAUUAUAGUCGGUGUGGAUAUCAGAAAAACUGUCAAAAUUACAAUUUGAAUUGCAAUGAAAACCAUGACAAAAUACAAGAAUGUAUAGAACAGAUGGAUUUCCUUCGAAAUAAAAUGAUAGAAAAAAUAUUCGAAACAUUCAAUAAUCAGGAAAAUGUAUUUUCUUGUAAUAAUAAUGAAGUAAAUGAUAAUAACCAAAAUAAAAAAGAAUAUAACAUGCGAAUUAAUUUGAAAGAAGAUAAUAAAUCUGUGAUCGAAAAUAUUUUGAAAAAAAAAAAAAUAAUAAAUGAGUAUAAUAAUGGAAAUGACAAAAAUGGUGUUAAUUAUUCUGAACAAGCCAACAAAGAUAUUAACGAAAUAUUUGGAGAGCAAAUAAACGAAGACAAUAGAUAUAGUAUAAAUAGUAAUGGUGAAAACAAAUUUAAAUUAUUAAAUAAUUUUCCUUUUUUUGGAAAUAAGAUGGAAAAAAAAAAAAAAAAUUAUGAUAUAGAAGAAGAGCUAAAGAAUUUGACUAAUUUUGGAGAUAAUAUGUAUCAAAACAAUGAGCAUGUUAAAAAAAAUGAACAAUAUUCACAUGAAUGUAUUCACAAAGGAAAUGUGUUACCACAGCAAUGUUUACAUUCAGAAGAAAUAAAAGAAUUAAAAAAAUCUAUGCUAAAUUUUAUAUAUGGAAAUAAAAAAUGUGAUGAUAUAGUUAUCGAGAAAAAUUGUUUUAUUAAUGAAGCAGAAAAAAUAAUAAAUAAAUUACAAAGUAUAAAUAAAGAUUUAAAUAAAAAAUAUAAUGAUGAAAUCAUUUCAUAUUUAUUAGUUGAAAUAUAUCAUAAUAAUAUUGUAUAUAAUAAUAAUUUAAGUUUUUUAUGUAUAAAAAGUAAAAAUAUAAUAACAUUUUCAUUAAACAAAGACUAUUUAUAUAUAUUUGAUAGCCAAAAUAUAUUUCACUAUUAUAGCGAUAAAUCUAUAUUUAAGAUAGUAUUUAUAGAUGAUUAUAAAAUAUUAAAUAAAUAUAAGCAUUUUACAGUUUUUAAUAUUUUAAAUAAUGAUAAAGUUUUAAAAAAUUCAUCAAUAUUAAAACGUGAAAUAAAUAAACAUAAAAAUGGCUUAAACAAAUUAUCGAUAAUUCCAUUUAGUAAAUUAAAUAUGAAUCAUUUAGUAAAUGCACUCAUUUUUGGGUUUCUAAAAUUUAUUUUUAAUUUAAGAAAAAAAUAUCAUACUAUAAAAAAAGAUUGUUAUUGCUCAUUAUGCAAAAAUCCCAAAAACACAAAUUUUAUGAACAACAUUGCAUCAUUUAGUGAUCGUGGAUCAAAUCCCAAUGACUAUGAUCAAAAUUUUGAUGAUGAUUUAGAAAGUAUUUUAUUACAAAACAAAAUAAAUAUCUUAGAUGAGCUUAUUUGUAUUAACUCAAAUAACAAUGAUGAAAAUAUUUUUUCUUAUCCAAAAAACAAAAACACAACAUUCGAUCGAAAUAGCAAUCUAAACAACCAUCCUCCCGAAGAAUCCAUAAAUGAUGAUAAUAAUGCUCAUAUAAUUGAUAAAGAAAAAAAAACAAAUUUUAGAGGAAAUGAUAACAGUAUUUAUCAUAUUGUAAAUACAAGUGAUAGUGGUACUAAAAAUAACAUUUCCAAUGUAAAUAUAAAUAUUAAAAACAAUUUAAAUAAACCAAAUAUUGCACAAAAUGAUGAAGUGCAAUUAAAUGGAAAUAAAGGGAAAAUUAUAAAUUCAAGCAAUCAGGGUUUAGGAGAUAGUACAUUAUUAAAUUCAAAUAACACAGAUGAAUGUAAAACAACUAUUAUUUUGAAUUUAUCUAAAAAUAAAAAUGUUUCAAAGGAUUAUAUUAAUGAAAAAGAAUAUAAUAAUUAUGUUUCUAAAAUUAAAAACAAUGAAAAAAAUAAAGAAGAGGAAGAAGAUGAUGAAGGUAACACAAGCAAUAAGAUGAAAAACCAUGAUAAGAAAACAUAUAUUCAAAAAGAAAAAUUAAAAAUUAAUUGCAAUAGUGAAAAUAAAAAAAACAGGGAAGGAAAUGAUUUUGAAACCCCUGAUAAUGAAGAAAGAGAAGUAAAUGAAGAAGAAGAAAAUGGAAAUAAAGAUGGCGAAGUUUAUAUGCAAAUACCAGUUGCUAUUAAAAUACACGACUUAAAAGAUAGCAAAAAUUUAAAAAAUUUUUUAAGAGAAAUAGAAAUAUAUAAAAAUUUACAAAGAUCCAAUAUAUGCAAAUUUUAUGGUAUAUGUAUAAAACAUAAUAAAUUAAUGUUAUUAUUAGAGUAUUAUGCAAAAGGAAAUUUAUUUAACUUUUUAAAAAAUAAAAAUAAAAUUCAUAAAAAACAAAGAUUAGAAUGGGCGAUACAAAUGUGUUCUAUAGUACAUGAAUUACAUUCACAUAAUCCACCAAUUAUUAAUGGAGAUAUUAAAACAUCAAAUAUUUUAAUAAAUAAUAAUAUGGAUUUAGUAAUGUGUGAUUUUGGAAAAGCACGAUUUAAAAAUUCAAAACUUUAUAGUAAUUUUGGCUCAUACAGAUAUAUGGCUCCUGAAACAUUUAGUUGUACAUCUGAAGUUACCGAAAAAAUUGACAUAUGGAGUUUAGCUUGUUGUAUUGUUGAGAUAUUUUGUAGUAAAUAUCCAUAUUAUAAUUUUUCAAAAAAUACUAAAAUACGUCAUGAAUUAAUAGUUAAUAAAAGAACACCCCAUAUACCAAGCUUUUUACCAAAUUCUAUAAAAAAAUGUUUACAAAAAUGUUUCAGCUUUAACCCAGAAGAACGUCCAAGUGCUUAUGAAAUGUAUAAGGCGUUGAAAAAAAUUAAAGUUGUUGAAUGA